AUGUCUAUUCCCGGAAGAUUCAUGCUCAUUGUCGACGGAAAGCCCGUCGGCAAUCCUCGAGACAACGGUGAGCCCAUGAUCCAAGCUCAACCCGGCGACCCUGCUGCCAUCUUUGAGCUUCGAGACGGUCGUCUAUUCUCUGGCGAGUGGGCUCUGGGCCGUCUCAACUUUGAGGAUCGAUCCAUGAUGCCCAAGCGCGUCUUAUGGCGUAAAAGAGAGGAGGUUGAGGAUCUCCAGCCCGUUCAGGUCGAGGAGUAUGGUGGCCCCCCCGAGCUCAAGUUCUCAGGUGCUGGUCUGGCAUUCAUUGAGGACAAGCUUUAUGCACCUAUCAUUGAAGGCGAGAACCAGCCCAUGCAAAUUCGCCCACUGCCCUUCUAA